CAGCUCUGCACCCAGUCGCGGGGAGGCGCGGUCCCGGGCGGGAAUAAGCUUCCCUCCACCGACCUGACGCUCGCAGAUACCUCUCGUCACUGCACAAAUGGACAUUUGAAAGCACUGUUGUCAAACUCUUGCAAGCAUGGAGACUUCAUCAGUGCUGUCUUCACUGAACGAUGAGUGUAAAUCAGACAACUACAUUGAGCCUCACUACAAGGAAUGGUAUCGAGUAGCCAUUGAUACGCUGAUUGAACAUGGGUUAGAAGCAUACCAUGAAUUUCUUGCCAAAGAACGAGUAUCAGACUUUCUAGCUGUGGAAGAAAUUAAUUAUAUUUUGAAAAAUGUCCAGAAAGUUGCACAAAGUACAGCACAGGGUACUGAUAAUUCCUACGAUGACACCUCAUCUUCAGGGACUUACUGGCCCAUUGAGUCUGAUGUGGAAGCUCCAAAUCUUGACUUAGGCUGGCCGUAUGUGAUGCCCGGACUCUUAGGGGGGACCCAUAUAGACCUCCUCUUUCAUCCACCAAGAGCACAGCUACUUACAAUCAAGGAAACUAUUCGGAAGAUGAUAAAAGAAGCAAGAAAGGUUAUUGCUUUAGUGAUGGAUAUGUUUACAGAUGUGGACAUUUUCAAAGAAAUAGUGGAAGCAUCAACUCGAGGGAUAUCUGUAUACAUUCUGCUCGAUGAGUCCAACUUUAAUCAUUUCCUAAGUAUGACUGAGAAACAGGGCUGUCAACUUCAGCGUCUCAGGAAUAUUCGAGUGCGGACCGUAAAAGGCCAAGAUUAUCUUUCAAAAACAGGAGCAAAAUUUCAUGGAAAAUUGGAACAGAAAUUUUUGCUAGUGGAUUGCCAAAAAGUUGUGUAUGGUUCUUACAGCUACAUGUGGUCAUUUGAAAAAGCUCACCUCAGCAUGGUCCAGAUUAUCACAGGACAACUUGUUGAGUCCUUUGAUGAAGAAUUUAGAACUCUCUAUGCCAGAUCCUGUGUCCCCAGUUCAUUCGCUCAGGAAGAAUCAGCAAGGGUGAAGCAUGGGAAAGCACUCUGGGAGAAUGGCACUUACCAGCGUUCAGUUUCUUCAUUAGCCUCUGUUUCCAGCCAAAGAAACCUUUUUGGUAGACAGGACAAAAUGCAUAGGCUAGAUUCUAGUUACUUCAAAAACAGAGGGAUAUAUGCCCUAAAUGAACAUGACAGAUAUAGCAUAAGAAAUUAUGUAUACAAACCUCAUUUUGUUCCAAACUUUAAUGGCCCGAAUACAAUCCGUCAGUGUCAACCCAGUCAGAUGAAUGAAAAUUGGAAGAGGCAUAGUUAUGCUGGGGAACAACCAGAAACAGCACCAUACCUGCUGCUUAACAGAGCUCUGAAUCGAAACAUUAAUCCUCCUAGUAAUUGGAAAAGGCCUUCAGAUAGUCUCAGCGUGGCAUCCUCAUCACGGGGAGGCUAUGCUGGCCACCAUAACCCACCUGCCCAGAGUUUUGCUGAUCGGCUUGCCCAGAGAAAAACAGCAAAUCUUCCAGAAAGGAAUUCAAAUGUGCGGAGGUCUUUUAACGGGACGGAUAAUCAUAUUCGCUUUUUGCAACAACGAAUGCCAACCCUUGAACACACCACAAAGUCAUUCCUGCGUAACUGGAGAAUUGAAUCCUACUUAAAUGAUCAUUCAGAAGCUGCACCUGAUUCAAAUGGAUCCACUCUAGGUGACCGGUUUGAGGGCUAUGAUGGUGCUGAGAAUUUGAAAGCCAAUGCCCUUUAUACUCAUUCUCGGCUUCGUUCCUCUUUUGUGUUUAAACCAACUUUACCCGAGCAGCAGGAAGUUAACAGUUGUACAACCGGCUCCUCAAAUUCAACUAUCAUUGGUUCCCAAGCAAGUGACCCACCUAAAGAGGGACCAGACAGCCCUACAUGUGCACAGCAUUUGACAGACAAACCCUUACCGGAAUCAAUCCCCAAGAUCAUGUUGCAGUCAGAGGCACCGAAAAUGCACAACUUGCAGGUUCCCGAAGACCACUCAGCAGUCAUAAACCAAGCUGCAAAUGGCCAUGCACAGUCAAACAACUAUAUAUAUACAACGUUGUGUGUAAAUAAGCAGACAGAAAAUCUAAAGAAUCAACAAAAUGAGAAUCUGCUUAAAAGGCGAAGUUUCCCAUUCUUUGACCACUCAAAAGCCAAUUUAGAUCAUGGAAAUAGUAAGCAUUAUGUAUACAGUACACUUACCAGGAAUCGAGUUAGACAGCCUGAAACACCCAAAGAGGAUUUGCUGAAAAGUUCUAAAAGCAUGCACAAUGUGACCCAGAGCACGGAAGAGGAGACAGAGGUCAUCAAGAGAGACCCUCCGAGUGGGACUGCUACCAAGUCCAUUUCCAUUGCUGCUUUGCUUGAUGUGAAUAAGGAGGAACCUAACAAGGAACUCACUUCAAAGAAGGAAGUUAAGGGUUCCCCAAGUUUUUUGAAAAAGGGAUCUCAGAAGUUAAGGUCGUUACUUAGCCUUACCCCAGAAAAGAAAGAAAACCUAUCCAAAAAUAAAGCACCUGCCUUCUAUAGAAUGUGUAGUAGUUCUGACACCUUAGUUUCUGAGGCUGAAGAGAAUCAAAAACCCAAAAAAUCAGAACCAAAAGUUGAUUCAUCUCCUAGAAGAAAGCAUUCUUCCUCAUCAAACUCUCAAGGCAGCAUCCACAAAAGUAAGGAAGACGUAACAGUGAGCUCAUCUCAGGGGAUAAAUUCCCCAUCCAAUGAAAGUAAUAAAAUAAUACCUUCUCCAGGUCCAGUUGAAGGCAAGUUCUUGGAAAAGGCAGGAGAUGCCUCUGCCCCGAGAUUUAACACUGAACAGAUCCAAUACCGAGAUUCGAAGGAGAUGAAUACAGUUGUUGCUCCUGAAAGAAAACCAGCUUCUCCAAGGCUAAAGCCCAAUGAGCUGCUAAGAACUCAUUCAAUUGACCGGCGCGUUUAUAGUCGUUUUGAGCCGUUUUGUAAGAUUGAAAGCUCUAUUCAGCCAACAAGCAACAUGCCAAAUACUGGUAUACACCGCCCAGAAGUAAAAUCCGCAACUGUAGGUAAUAGUUAUGGCAGAUCAAGCCCACUGCUUAAUUACAACACUGGUGUUUACCACUCAUAUCAGCCAAAUGAAAACAAGUUCCGAGGAUUUAUGCAGAAGUUUGGAAACUUCAUACACAAAAAUAAAUGAAAUACUGUAAUUAAAAAUAGAUAUUAAAAUACAAAACAAAUGUGGCUAUAAAUAUUUGUUCAAAGAACAUUGGGGACAGUUUUUCUAACAUGCCAAUAGAUUUCUAUAGGGGCAGAAUUUGGUGUGUGAUGGGUAUGUUUACUCACAUACUAAUGUACAGUAAAGUUAUUGUUCUGUGUGAUAAAGUUAGCUGUGCUUAAUUACACCAUAGAUGGGAUGUCUCUAUAAACACAUGAUUUUUAAAUAGUAAUGGUAAAAAAAUGUAAUUCAAUUGUUUUCUUCAGACCGAAGAUCUUCUUAAAUCUUAAAUAUAAACUUCAGUGGAGAGAUGGUGUAUGGAUUUUAACCAUUCAUUCUAAAGUCUUUCCUUUUAAAAAAGAAUCAUAAUCCUCUCAGUCACCCUUUAUAAUAUAUCUUCUUGGGGUUUUCAUAUCUUAAAAUUAUGAGAAAAUAGACUGAGGCCUUUUUGGUUUUUAAUUACCUUUAAAUUCUACAGGAUAACUUUUCUAUUUCAUUAAUGUUUUAUUAAUUUUCUUGUGGAGUAUAUACAGUUGGUUGGGCAGCCACAGCUGCCAUUUAAACUAUAGCCCAGCACAUUUUUUACUUUGCCUGAGGUGUUUGCAAAGUAUCAGCCUCACAUAGUACAAGUACAUCAUAGGAAUUUAUCUUCCCAAUACUUUGAAAACCAUCCAGGAUGUGCUUCUCUCUACUCUGGACCAAGGGAGCCUGUACUCUAUUUACCCAUCAGCUGCUGAACUUUUAUCGCUCUUUCUUCCUUCAAACUUAUUGCAGGCCAGCAGGAAUUUGGAAAAAGUGAAUUAUUCCUCUCCUUUUUCUAAUAUAAAAAAGGUUUUUAGAAAUGUAAACUUCUGCAUAAAUUUUUAUCUUAGAUUAGGAUAACAAUGCUUAGGUGUUUUGCUUGCAAAAUUCUUUGCUCUUUUUUAAGCUGUGCCAAAUACGGGGUGACGGCAUAGUGUUUUCAUAAUGGUACCAUGAUGAAAAUGAGAAGUCAUCCUUGGCCUAGUUCUUCCAUGACCGUGGGGCCUGGUUGAAAGUUUUAAAUCUUUCCCUAUCUUAAUUUGAUGAUGAUAUUCAGAUCAUAAGAUACUCCUUGCCUUUCUUGGAGUAAUGAAAUGAAAGCUCCAUAUCCAUUAUAGAGACUUUAACUUGGCUUUACUUCUUCCACAAAGAACAGAAUUCAAGAAACAAUGUAUCAUUUGAGAAGUGUGAAGUGUUUCUGUAAUACUUUAAAUAUAUUAUUUAACACCUAAGUUGCUAUAGGGGGCAGUAUGUUGUUUUAAAAAUUCAAGAUUCAAUCAAAUAUUAAUAUUUAUGCCAUGAAAUAAUUAAAAUAAUGGCAUUAAAAUGUCUGUGUCAUUAAAAUGAUUUUCCAUAGUGUUUAAAAACCAUGAUAAGAAACAUGACAGGAGAAAACAUGGCAGUAAGGAAAAGAAAACCAAACAUUUAUUGAGCACUUAUUAUAGACGGGGUCUUGAACUGGAAACUAAAGUCCCCACAACAAUAUUUUGUGGGUACCAUUGUCCUCAUUAUUCACAGAUGAUGAUUGAGGUGAUAAUUGAGACAUUGAGACUCAGAGAGGGAAUGCCCCAAGUCAUGUAACUAAUAAGUAGCGAUAGUAAAGUGUCUGUAACAUUCUGUCACAUUACAUUACCUCCCAACUGUGUUCAAACUGCCUCGUCCAAACUAUUGAGAAUUAAAUAAGAGAACAUUUAUAUUUCCUAACUCAACAGCAAUCAACUGAGAAAGGUUUAGUUGAAUUCCACUAGACAACAAGGACACACAGGGCUUAAAAUAAUCAUAGUAGGUGAGAUUAGGAGAUUAAAUGGAGAUUAAUUUCUGAAUGUAACAUAGCAGGCCAGUUUUAAUUGCUAGGCAGCCAUUUUGAUCUCCUUCCUGUUGACCUGUGACGAGAGGAAGGGAAAGGGAACCAUAAGUGAGUUGUAACCUGCUUCUGUGCUAGAGAAAGGAAGGUUAGGAAGCUAGGCAGGGGAUGGAGCUCAAUGUUAAAUACAUUAUCUUAUUAAAUAUUCACAAUAACCCUGGGAAGUAAGUACCUCCAUUUUGCAAAUGAGAAAACUAAGCCUCAGAGAAGUUACGUGACUUUCCAAGAGUUACACAGCUCUGAGUUGGUACAACUGGGGUUUGAACACAAAAGCCUGUAUUUUUAAUACUGUACCACACCAUACCUUGCUGGCUUCUACUCCACUAUGCUUGAGGAAACUUCUUUGAAAGUAGUUGUCUCUGUCUUUUGCACUCUCUUUACAAAUUGCAGAAAUAUACCAGUAACUGUACAGCAAUAGCGUUUUAUAAACACAAAUCCAGAAUAUAAUAUUCAGUUUCACAUCAUUCAUAAAAGUAGGGUUUAAAACUCCUGUUAUAACAUAGGGAAUUCCCAAGUACUACAACAUGGGAUUUUAUUGUUUCUGAAAGCUAAGUAUAAUAGGUUGGACAUUUUGCGCACUUCUUAAUAAAUUAAUAGCAUAAAAAGAAAACUUUGAGAGGGAACAGUCAUUUUUCAUAGGAAAGGUAGCCAAGGAUAUUUACAAAAAAUCUGAAUUUAAAAAAAAAACCUUUGGAAUGUGUAUUUCCUUAGAUAAGGAAUUCAGUUGCAAUAAGAAAAAUGUUUCUAAUUGUUAGUGGGUUAAUAUUUAGAGUCAUCUGGAAAUCGUAUGAUCUUCACAGAUUAUUAAAAAGCAUUAGAAUUGGGGUCCAAUGAGUGAAAGAGAUUUUUCACUUUGCUCUUACAAAAUUCACUUCUGUAAUUUCCUUUACCCAUUUACAGCAGGCAGAACCCACAGUUAACCAAACCAGACUGACUUCACUAUUACUCACUCUCUGCUGGUGUUAGAUGGAGCAUCUUUCAGAGCUAAGGGGAUAAUGGGCUACUUGUGGUUAGGCAGCUCUGAAAUUCAAAGUCCUGAAAUUUAGAGCAAUGUAACUUUAAAGCUGAAUUUACAGCUAGAAAUUAAGACUAGAGUUUUAAUUUCAGAAAACUACAUAAAGGCUUUUGUACAGCAACUGCCAUCAUUUUUGGAAACGUAGAUAGCUUUUCAAUAGUUCUUGAAUUCCUCCUUCCCUGAUGGCAUUGGGCAAUGCGGGAUGCUUUCUUUCACCCACCUGUAAUGGAUAGCUUAGACUUGCACAGCAGAUUAAUUUUCCUCUGCCUUUUUUCUUUGAUUAUUUUCCUUCACUUUUUUUCAUCCAGAAAUAUCUGUAUGUCAGAAUCUAUACAUAGUAAAGUUCCAAAGUUUCUGCAGCUGAGAAACUCCUCAGGGUUAAGACUGAGCUAGUACAUAAUACUUCAAAUAAUUUACUCAGAUUUUAAGUUUUAAACAGACACUACCAAACUUCAUGGAUGUUAUCACUUCAAGCAAUAUACUUUCUUUCUUUUUUCUCCCCAUAUUAGUAUUGGUGGAAAGAUAAUAUCACUUAAAUGUACUUUCAUAUUAAAGUUUGGUAAGGCAACUUUUACUCUACAUACUACAUUAGUUUCUAAGGAGAAACUCAAGAAAAUAGGUACGAAUUCAAAGUAGUUCUUUGCAGAUAGCUUCAGAAUAGUUUAAGUGCCUGUAUCCUACACGUGCUGAUAUCCCUCUAUAGUAAUGGUUGGGAUUAGCCGCAAUUCUGACAUGGUGUAUUGAGGUAUGGGUAUAUGUGGGCAGUCUACGUUUGUGGAAGGAAUAUCUUGUUUCAUUAAGAUGACAUCUACUCUAAUCCAGAUAAGCAAGGAAGAAGGUUGAACUCUGGCUGCAUUGAACUUGAACUUUACUCAAGAUUAUCUGGUUAUUCAACUAUUAUUCCACAGAUAUUGGUCUUUCAUGAGUAUCUGUUGAUUCUUAAAGUGCCUAUGGCUAACAACGUAAAGUAGAAUCAUUGUUUCACGUUAACUAUUGUGUGAUGCUGUUUAAAACAAGAAAAAAACGUUUAUCAUAAUAUUCAGUUUGGUUCUAGAAUAUUUAAAACAAAAAGGAUGAAAUUAUGAACCGAAGAGUCAAUUUUUUAUAUGUAUACAAUGUUAGCAAAGAAAUAUUCUUCCAAAUCAAGUUGUUUUUAGAUUUAACAAAUAAAUAUUAAAUAAUUUUGUACAAA